AUGGCCGUCAUCAACCAGCCUUCGGGCCAAAUCAAAUUGACCAAUGUGUCACUUGUCCGCAUGAAGAAAGGCAAAAAGCGGUUUGAGAUUGCCUGUUACCAGAAUAAAGUCCAAGAUUGGAGACUGAAGGUGGAGAAAGAUCUUGACGAGGUUCUUCAAAUUCCACAAGUAUUCACCAAUGUUUCAAAGGGCCAAGGAGCCAACAAUGACGAUUUGAUGACAGCCUUCGGAACGACAAACCAAGAUGAGAUUAUUCUUGAGAUCUUGGACAAGGGCGAGAUCCAGCUCAACGAAAAAGAACGCAGUGCCAACUUGCAACAGAAACAAAACGAGUUUCUCAAUUUGAUCUCUACAAAGUGCCUUAAUCCCCGGUCGAAGAAAAGAUAUCCACCCAGCAUGAUCCAAAAGGCGUUGGGUCAAUUGAAAUUCCAUUUGAAUCCCAACAAGCCGACAAAGACGCAAGCACUAGAUGCCAUCAAGCUAUUGAUAGCCAAACAGGUCAUCCCCAUUGCGCGAGCACAGAUGAAAGUGAAAAUCACAGUGUUGGCCAGGGUCCAUGAUGCAUACACUCAGCAUAUCGUGCCACUACUUGAUAAAGUGGAACUGGAAAACGCAGGGCCCAAGUUGUUUGAGGCUGUGGCGAUCAUUGAUCCUUCCAACUACAAGAACAUUGUGGAUAUUUUGCUGGGCGAGAGUGGCCAGGUGAAGAAGGGAGAGGGUUCAGUUGAGGUGUUGGAUAUGGCAGCGGUGCAAGAAUGA